ACAAUCAACCAUGGAGAUGCAGCUGGCAACAAGCAAUAUUACGGGCUUUUGGCUCCAAACUGUACUGUACAUGAUGCACCAUGAGUACAACAAUUCGCUUAUAAACGUUAUCCACAAUAAAACGCUUAGUGCGGAGAGCAAUAUGACAAGCGGUGAAUUCUCCCGACCGGAGCAUACGCGGUGUUACGGUGUCUAUGGAUGUUUCCCGAUUACCUAUCCCUGGAUAGACGAGAAGCGCCCGGUCGCUUACCAUCCAUGGUCACCCGCACAGGUAGACGUGCGGUAUCCGGUGUUCGUGAAGUCUAACACUAACUAUCCGAAGUUUAUCGACAUCAACAAUCCGGCCAGUGUGCGUCAUCUCGGCAUCAAUCCGAACGGGCGCAUCUAUUUCAUUACGCACGGCUACGUAGAGUCAGGCGACCGACCCUGGAUUCAGCAAAUGGUGAACGCCCUGAUCGACAACGAUCCGGACCGGACGGCUAGCUGCGUAGUGAUUGACUGGCGGAAAGCAUCCAAUCCACCGUACACGCAGACCUGUGCUAAUAUUCGGCUGAUCGGUGCAAUUACGGCACAUGUCAUCUACUUGCUAUAUGAAGAGCUAAACCUAAAGAACCUGGACAAGGUGCAUCUUUUGGGCCAUUCGCUUGGAUCCCAUCUGUGUGGAUAUGCAGGCCACCAUCUGCAGAGCGUGUUCGGGCUAAAGUUGGGCCGCAUCACGGGGCUCGAUCCUGCCGAGCCACUGUUUUCCGAUACAGAUCCGCUGGUACGGCUGGACCAGAGCGAUGCAAAGUUUGUGGACGUGAUACACUCGGACGCAUCCGAGUGGGUCAGCAAGGGCGGACUGGGAAUGUAUCAACCGAUCGGGCACGUAGACUUCUACCCGAACGGUGGCUACAAUCAGCCGGGCUGCAGUGAUCCGAUGAAAAAGUUCAUCAGCAAACACGAGGAUUCAUUUUUCUGGGGGUUCCAGGAAUUCUUCGGAUGUAAUCAUCUGCGGUGCCAUCAGUUUUUCACCGACAGCAUACUGCACAAGUGUCCGUUCGUUGGGAUCGCUUGCGAAUCGUACGCGCAUUUUCUGCGCGGUGAAUGUUUCGAGUGUGACCGGCACGGUCACUACUGCAUCGAGUUCGGGCUGAAGGCAGAGGAGAGCUACAACAGGUUGAUAGAGAAUGGGGUGCUGAAAAAUCCCAACGCUCCGCUCAGCGUGUACAUGAUUACGGGGGCCGACCCGCCAUACUGCCGAUCUCAUUUCCGUGUUACGAUGAGCGUUUCCGACGACGAGGAGAGUCUUAUACACGGUGGCGAAAUGGGUAAAAUGUCGCUCGAGCUGUUCGGUGAAGGUGGUGUACGGUCCGGCAAGAUGGACUUCUCCAAGAAUCCGGUAUACUUCGAACCAGGCGGUAACUAUUCGGCGAUUCUCGCAGGGAUGCACGUUAACAAACCGCUCAAGGUGAUGCUUACCUGGGAGUAUCGGACCAAUCCGCUGAAUCCGCUGACGUGGCGUUUGUUGGUGGUGCCGCGCGUCUACGUACAGCGGAUCGUUGUGCAGAUGAUGGAAAAUCGGGCCAGCUUUGUGGUAUGUCCGCUGAAUCAUGCUCCAGUGAGGGCUGAUCAGGAGAAUGAGUUUAAAGGUGAAUAUUGUGCGUAGA